AAUCUCUAUCUCCCCCACCCUGGGGGUAUCUGAACAGUUGAUUGAUGCUGAAAGUUAGAGCCAGUGUUAUUGUACACGCAGUGAAUAAGGCUGAGUAGCAGGGUGCAGGAAUUCCUUGGGGUUGAUACUGUUAACAGUUUCCCUUUAUCUCUUGGGCUAAGUUUUGUGAGGGUGCUGCUCACAGCAGAAAUUGCAGGUAAGAACCAUUAGCUUAUUUCUAUAGACCUAAGGGGAAUCGGCCCUGAUAUUUCACUUCUCGCCAUGUCUUGGGCACCUUACUUUCUCACAGGUUUAGUCUUUACACUCUGCAGACUAUUUUCCCUGCAGGUUCAUUGCUCUGGGGAUGGGUUUCACAGGAGCAUUUCCAUGCCCAUCUUUUAGACAGAGACAGCAGGUGGGUUUGCAGAGAGAUGAAGUGUUGUUUCCUGUCCCCAUGCAUCUGCAUGCCUAAGCAUCCUUAUAGACUGCAAGACUGCAGAGCCUAGGCCAAAAGGUCCUGAGCAGUUUGUCCCCAGAUGUUUUGGGGAACCUCUAGGAAAGCUAACUCUUGUCCCUGCUACCAGGUCCCUCUGGAACGCUAUCAGUCAGUUCUUCUCACUUCAGUGGUUAUAUAUAUCAGCAGGUGGAAACAGCCAACUAGCAUGAGACCUGGAAUCAUCUCAUGUUGCAAGCUUUCCCCAGAGUCUCAACCUUGAUGUCAUGACCUUGUCAGUCUCGUGAUUCAUGAUGGUCAUCUCUUUUCACGUAGCACUGAUGAGGCUUUUGGGGGUUUGGGCUGCAGCAGAGGCAGGUUGUUUGGGUGUGAUACUGGGGUUGGUGCACCUCUAUGAUUAGGGUCUUCUUUCUCUGCCAGGGCAGGAAGCCAGGUACUGAGGGCAAACACCCUGUGGAAGAUAACUAGUAUAGCAUGACGUUUGAGUGCAGCCUCUGGAGUCAGACUGCCUGGGUUCAAAUCUUGGUUUUACUACUGCCUAACUGUGGGCUUUUAACCAACUUGCUUUUCUGCCCCAUGCCCCAGUUUACUUUUUGAUAAAAUGGGGAUACUAAUAGUAUCUCUCCCCAGAGUGAUGUGAGAAUUGAAUGAGUAAAUACAGGACAGCUUCUAGAAGAGUACUGGGCAUGUGGCUAAACUGUGUUAUUUUUCACUGGUGACUCUAUUUGCAUGUUGUGUUUGUUCCUGAAACAUUAUAUAUAGAUUGAAUUAUAGUCUAGAUGCUGUGCUGGGAGCUCACUUUUUAAAAGAGCUCUGUGAAGAAUUAUAUUUUCAGUAAAAAAUGUUUUCUCCUCUUGUUUGACAAUAUGGUAACCCAGAUUUGGGGAUAUGGAAUGCACACUUUAAAUAGAGGUGCCCUCGUGCUACUAGGACAUUUGAGCCCAACAAGAGCAGAGAACAGGUGGUGGUGUUUGGGGGUCAGGGGGAGUUGAUAACUGUGGAAGUCUCUGACCCUGUGCAAUGCUCAGUGUCAGUCCUUCUGGUUCUGCUUUUUCUCCGUGGGACUCUCCUACCUGCCUUCCUAACUUUUUUUGCAUUUUUUUUUGCCUUGAGGGCUUUUGAUUAGUCAAAGAAGCAGUAAUCCCAGGUCUCUUUCCUUCCUCUAGACUCUAAUUCCUGAUCUCUCCUUUCCAAGUUCUACCCUCUUCUCCCCCACUGGAGGUAUCUGGGUUAUCCUGAAGCCACUGUCAUUCAUUUACCGCCCCCCCCUUCUCCUUUCGUGGUUGGACUGUGGGACUGUGACAGUCUAUGAGAGUAUGUGUUAGUUUAUUUCCCUUCUCUCUGCUAUUUUCCUGUAUCUUGGAACAGGCUUCUUGGGCUGCUUCGUGUUCACACCCAGCAGUUGCUUUAUUAAUAGCUUUCCCGUUAUCCCAUUGCUGUUAAUUAUACCUGUCGUUGGCUGACUUUGACUUGGGAAGUGCCUGAACUAGAGAGCUGAAGAAUGUCUUUAGGGAGCCAGAACCUCCAAAGGAGCAGUACUGGAAUUUCAGCUGCUCCAGGGAUGGGGGAGAAGGGGGGUUGGUGCUGUCUGAGGUGCCCUUAAGGUGCUCAGAUAACUGGUUUCAGGGCUCAGUGAAAACAGGAAUUAGGGGUAGCAGGGAAGGUCUACAUGCUUUUCCUUCUUUGUUUCUUUUAUUCUUUGAUAUUUUGAAUAGGUCUGGAACAGACGAGUCCCUGUAUGAACCUUCUCCUAAUUAUAAAAGCAAUACAUGUUCAUGAAAAAUUCACACAAUACAGAAAGAAAGUAAAAAGCAAGAAAAUCUCACCAUUUCUCCUGUCCCUUUUAUGUUUGAUUCUUUCCAAAAUCUUAUUCUGGUGUAUCCUAUUAAUGGAAAUAGGUCCACACUGUACAUAUUUUGUUCUACCAUCACCCCCCCACACACACUUUUUUUAAACUAUAUUCUGGACAUUUUUUUCAUGUUGAUAAGUUCACAUUUACUUCAUCCUGCAUGGUAUUGCCUUGUGUGGAUAUGCCAGCCUCUCCCUGAUGGACAUUUACAUUGUUUCUAAUUUUCCACCGUCACAAACAAUGCUGUAGUGAGCAUCCUUGCAUAUACACCUGUUUGUGCUAGCAGCUUUCCCUACAGAAAUAACAGGAGGAAAGGUAGACACCUUUGAAACAUUGAUCAGCAUCCCUCAAAAGUUCUGUAUUGUUAGCUGUUUUUAAUAUUUCAAAGCGCGUGAUAGAAAUUGGGCAUUAAACUAUAGCUUCGAUGGUUAACUAAAACAUAAACUUUCUUAGCGUUUGGCUGCAGAACUUCGAUAUGUUAUGCUUAUCAGUCAAACGGCAGGACAUAAUUGGCAGUUUUAUGACUUCUGAUGAAUAAAAAGAAGAUAUUACUAAUGAAGCACACUUUAAAGGGCAGCAUAUUUCAAAAUAUUGGGGCUGUUUAGAGCAAAAAGUGGAAGAUGACUUGGUCAUGAGAAAGCCGGGAACCAUUGGCCUUCUAGACCACCCUUCAGGUUUAGAUUAGAGAGCAGAGUUAUGCUGGCCACAUGGCUCCCUUUGUCAGGUGCUGACAAGAGCUGGUACUAGGACUGAUUGGGCAGUCAUGAAACCAGGAGUCUGGUCAGAGCCCUGACCUUGACUUUCUAUUGAGGGACUGUGGGCCAAGCUCUUCCCUUUUCUAGGCUUGAGGUUUUCUGUCCGUAGGAGGGAAGUUAUCACACCUUCAUUCCCUCGAAGUGUGUUCAUGAAGGGAAAAUAAGUUUAAGAUUGAGAAAGUGAGUUCAACCUUGUGUAAAGAAGGUAGAAGAGAAUUUCAGGAUUGAAACAGCUUUCCGUUCUUUGUCAAGGGGUAAGUUACAUUGUCUCCAAAAUUAAUCAGCAUACAAGUGUCUACUGUUCAAAUUAAGGUGGUGAUGGCUUUGUUUUUUAACAGGCAGGACAGAAUGUACCUAGUUUUGCCCAUGUGGCAAUUAGAGAUAGGAAGUGUGGUUUAGUUUUGUCCUCCGGAAAUUGAGCAGCUCUGGUUGCAGCAAGUGUACGUGGGUGUGUUAUGGGCAGAGGUGGGAGGUGUGGUGCUGGGGGCCACCAUGGGGAGUCCUUGGUGGCCUGUGUUUUCUUUUGUUCUUAGAACUCUCUGUCCAGUUUGGUAAACAUGGAGCAGCUGGUUCCCUGGUCGGCCUCAGAGCGUCUCCCAUGUAUCAGUUCAUUUUCAGCUUCAGGGAGGAUAACAGGACCUUUGGGAGAAGUGCCUAAUGGGUUGGAAGGUGUGGACCAAGCAGUACUAGAAGUGCAGGUAAUGAGCCAAGCCAUGGUGAUUGAGAAGAGUGCAGUGCAGGGCUGCAGAAAGUGAAGACUCAGGAGGAUUUCAUUCCUGAAACCUGAGGCAGCUGAUCUGUUAGGGGUCAGAGAUCAGGCAUGAACAUCAGCGGAGGCUGCAGCGUGGCGUUUGCUUGUCUUUGUGCUCCCUGUUUGGACAGAGAUGAAAAUCACUUCUGUUGCGCGUUGCCUACCUUGGAGGGGCUCCUGCUCAGGCCCGGGAAUUUUCCGUGUGCGUAGUAGCGUGGGCAUCCUACAUGACCAACUCCCCGACCCUCAUUGUUAUGAUUGGCUUACCAGCCCGGGGCAAAACCUACGUGUCCAAGAAACUCACACGCUACCUCAACUGGAUUGGGGUGCCCACCAGAGACCAAGAAGUCCCCUUUGGGACAUCGUAUUGUUUCACUGCUGGAGGGUAUGGGUGUCUUCUGCAGUGUUUAAUCUUGGGGUGUAUCGGCGUCAAGCGGUCAAGUCCUAUAAAUCCUAUGACUUCUUCCGGCAUGACAACGAGGAGGCCAUGAAGAUACGCAAACAGUGUGCUCUGGUGGCGCUGGAGGAUGUGAAGGCGUAUCUCACGGAGGACAGUGGGCAGAUUGCGGUGUUUGAUGCUACCAAUACCACUCGAGAGAGGAGGGCCUUGAUUCUGAACUUUGCCGAGGAGAAUUCCUUCAAGGUGUUCUUUGUGGAAUCUGUCUGCGAUGAUCCCGAUGUCAUUGCUGCCAACAUCCUGGAGGUAAAGGUGUCGAGCCCUGACUACCCUGAAAGGAACAGGGAGAAUGUGAUGGAGGACUUCCUAAAGAGAAUUGAGUGCUACAAAGUCACCUAUCAACCCCUUGACCCAGACAACUAUGACAAGGAUCUUUCUUUCAUCAAGGUGAUAAACGUGGGCCAGCGAUUUCUAGUGAACAAAGUCCAGGACUACAUCCAGAGCAAGAUCGUCUACUACCUCAUGAAUAUCCAUGUCCAUCCUCGCACCAUUUACCUUUGCCGGCACGGAGAGAGCGAGUUCAAUCUCUUGGGAAAGAUUGGGGGUGACUCAGGCCUCUCCGUGCGGGGAAAACAGUUUGCCCAGGCUCUAAGGAAGUUUCUGGAGGAACAGGAGAUAGCAGACCUCAAAGUGUGGACAAGUCAGUUGAAGAGGACUAUCCAGACCGCUGAAUCUCUGGGGGUGACCUAUGAGCAGUGGAAGAUUCUGAAUGAGAUUGAUGCUGGCGUGUGCGAGGAGAUGACUUAUGCGGAGAUUAAGGAGCGGUACCCAGACGAGUUUGCGCUUCGAGAUGAAGAGAAAUACCUGUAUCGAUAUCCUGGAGGGGAGUCGUACCAGGACCUGGUACAGCGGCUGGAGCCUGUCAUCAUGGAGCUGGAGCGUCAGGGCAACGUCCUCGUCAUCUCCCACCAGGCUGUCAUGCGCUGCCUCCUGGCCUACUUCUUGGACAAGGGUGCAGAUGAGCUACCGUACCUGAGGUGCCCUCUCCAUACCAUCUUCAAACUUACUCCUGUAGCCUACGGCUGCAAAGUGGAAACAAUUAACCUUAACGUGGAGGCUGUGAACACUCACCGUGACAAGCCAACUAACAACUUCCCCAAGAACCAAACCCCUGUAAGGAUGAGAAGGAACAGCUUUACGCCUCUGUCCAGUUCGAAUACAGUAAGGCGUCCAAGAAAUUACAGUGUUGGGAGCCGGCCCCUCAAGCCCCUCAGCCCUCUCCGUGCCCUGGACAUGCAAGAAGGGGCCGACCAGCCGAAGACCCAAGUCAGCAUUCCGGCGGAGACCUCGCUGGCUGUGCAUAGGCUCUCCUCUCCGGCCUCCCCCCCAUUGCUCUCCUGAUGAUGUGAAAGCUGAGGCCAGACCUCUCCGGGAGACUGGCCUACUGAAAAACUUGGCAUGUCAGCUCCAAAGGGGCUUGAACAGGAAGUUCAGUGGGGAUUGGACAUUCGGGGCCACCCAAAUGAGCCCUGAAAAAGCUGCACCACAUUUCUUCCCCUCAUGCCUAAUGGGAAUAUCAGUUACACUGAAAAACUUGACUUCCCUGUGCCUCAAAACAUUUCACAGCCUGAACCAAUUUCGUUUUGAUCAUCUCUUUGCUAGGUUUGGCCCAAGUUGGUCAAUCCUGUUCCAUUUUGGCACUUAACAUCUGACCUGUGACUGUAACCCUAGCUGGCUUUCUUUGCCUAGUGUGCAAAUGUACCUCUUCAGAUUUAAUUGUUUCCAAGUGAGAGGGCUGAACUCCAGCAAACCAUUUCUGUGCUGUAAGAGCUGGUCUCUACAUCCACUACAAGUGCGCAGGCUAGGGUACAAUAUACAUAGGUUUGCGGUCACUUUUUUGUCACAUUGGAAACGAGACAAAUUCACCAGGUGAAUGGAGGGUAUCUGAGAAAUUCAGUCCCUAAAACGUCUCUUCUGCGGUGACGGAAGAGCAGCGUUAGUAGCAAUCUUUUUGUUUAGAGAAGUUUUUCUUGUUUCAGGCCCCUUGAGGGCAGGAUCUGACUACAAGACUCCACAAAAUAUGUACCCUUCUUCUGAGUUCUCUUUUGUAGCUACUGUAUUUUCUACCUGAUACUGUGCGCCUCUCAAAGCUGAAGUGGGCUGACAUCAUCCUCUCUCGUGGUUAGAAAUGAGGGCUGGAGAGAAAAGUAGGGUGCCAUUUGGAUCACAUGAAGAAGUAAAAGAAGUUUCCUUGGGAAUCAACUCUCCCAAGGAGUUCUUUUGGUUUCAGAACAGGUGCAGGGAGACAUGCCCUUCUGUGGGGUCUGCUACCGUGAUGCUGUCUCUAAGAAAGCUGUGGUUAUGACUUCAAGAGCAUCUGGUCUUCUAAUCCCUUCCUCUUAGCUAAUUGUCACUAUUGUGGUCUAUUGUUCUCUUAUGUAGAACCUUGGAGGAAUGGGAUGGGGGGGAACCAAGCCCUCAAUGCAUUAAUCAUGUGGUUUCCCUUAAAGAUAAACCAGGUAAUUAUUCCUUAGAUCAGUGAUUGUCAAAUGUAUAAAUAUGUCCCUGCAGAUGUGAUUUUAAUAUGUCACUGCUGCUGAAGGAAGGCAUGGAAGCUCCCAAGGAUACUAUAUCUUACAAGCAA